GUUAAUUUACUCGUCGAGCCCUUCGUCGCAAGCGACGGGUUCGACGAGAACGGUGACCGGUGCUUGAAGUACCUAAAAGCACCGUUAGUGGAUCAGGAGGAUCCGAGAUGACGUGUUUAGGGCGACGUCGACUGCUUUCCAUUCUGUCCGCAGGAUCGGGAAUGUAGUUACCGGCGGCCACGAUGAGAGGGUUCUCGUGUCGUGCCGCUUUAUCGAAGUGGCGCAUGGACGCCGACUGAAGAUACUUACUGAUGGACUCUAAGUCCAGGUCGUCAUGGAGGUCGACGUUCCUGACGAACCACGGGGCUCCGACGGCUAUCCUGCAAAAACGGGAUUGAAUAAUUUGAAAGGAUUUUAAGUGUAUGCGGGCCGCGUGAGCGAACACUACACUUGCAUAGGUCAUGACGGGGCGUAUGCAAGUUUUGUAGAGUGUCACCUUAUUUCUAAGGGACAUUUUACUUCGCCUGCAUAUCAUCGGGUAGAGACGUCCUAGAAUGAAGGCGGCACGGUCGCGUACCGUCUUGAUGUGGGGGCGGAAUGUCAUCCUACUGUCGAGGGUGACGCCUAAAUAUUUGACCUUCGGGGCCCACGGUAUGGGCUGGUCGAACAUCGUGAUUGGGCGAACGGCGGGGGCGGGGUUAUUGACGCGCCUAGUCGGGAGAGGGAUGCUCAGCGUGGUGUUCGGAGGGCGACCCCUUUUGAAGAGCACCGCUGUGCUUUUCGUGGGGUUAAUGUCGAUGCGCCACUUCCGGAACCACUGUCCCAUGGUGGUAGCUGCGGUCUGAAGUCGUCGAUGAAGCAACGCCUUCUUCCUACACGAGUAGUAGAUGGCGGUGUCAUCGGCGAAGAGCGCCAGAUGGGUCUCCGGAGACCGGGGUAUAUCGUUGAUAUACAAACUGAAUAGUAACGGGGAGAGGGCGGAGCCUUGCGGGACUCCGGCUGUGACGUGACGGGGCCGGGAACGCGUUCCCUCGACUCGAUAUCGGAACGAACGGUUCGACAAGUAGUCUCGUAUGAUGAGUGAAGUUUGAGGCUCGGAGCGCUUCAUUAUAUAGGCGACGGGCGAUACGCGCGCCUCGCAGUUAGUGUGUCACUAGAGCCCGCGCGAGAGGCGGCCUGGCCUGCAAGGACUGUAGUCUGUACUAGAGAUGGCGUUAACGGUUGAAUUUAUUUAUCUGUUAACUGUGCUGGAAUGAUGGGCGAGGGCCUGCUGACCUUGACGUACGGCAAGCACCACGCCUGCAUCCUGAACGAGGUGGGCGCGGCGUGGCGCGGCGCCAGGUACUCCGACCUGGUGCUGGUCUGCGACGACGCCGUGCCCCUCGCGGCGCACAGAAUCGUCAUGGCCGCUGCUAGUCCUCUCAUCAGGAAAAUCCUCGACGAUACACCAUCAGUCGAGAAUCCGGUCACGAUUCACAUGUCGGGCAUCAACAGCACUCUCAUGAGGCACCUACUUGUUUUUCUCUACAGCGGCCAAGCUUACAUCGAGUCCGGCGAAAUAGAUGAUAUGCAAGAGCUGUUCGAAUUAUUAGAAAUUAAAUCGGACGUGUGGAAAUCAACGAAAGAACGUCAGCAAGCCGAAGAAAGGAAUAGGUCGUGUGAAAGAAAAGCAAAAAACCUCAAAACAGAUAUAAACAGCAAUGAAAGCAGUAAACACGAUGCGCCGUCUGGAUCGUCACAUUCAGAAAGUGAACGGGUCACACCGAGCGCAGGUUACAGUAAAGACAAAGACAAAGGAGACGCAGAAUCGCUAAGUAUAAAAAAAGAAAGUAUGUCAACUAGCAGUAAUGAUGAAAGGGAAGAUGAAGACGGAGAAAACAAAGAAUGUGGCAGAUUGACGGCACGGCGGCGGAGUUCCUCUAAUCCUGUCAAUCUAUCUCUCGCACGAAAUUCAGUAAACACAGGCAGUGAACAUGACGACUCACAAGACGUAGAUGUAGAAACAGUAGCAGCAAAGAAUAUAUCUCGCCGGAGAUCAACUUCAUCAAGUCAAGACGAUCAACCACAAGAAACGGUUUACAGGCGGCAGUUGCUCAAUGACCGGAUAGGUCGGGGGAUUGAGAGAGCAAAAAGAAAAUCACAUUAUUUGGAACCACCCGAAUUGGAUUUACGUACUGUUAAAUUAGAAGAUUACGCACACCUUAAACCGCCCGAUCAAGAUCUUAUGUCAUUGGUACAGACGUCUCCGGAAAAUUAUGUAGUCACACCACAUCGGAAAAGAAGACCCGGCUUCCAUAAUUCACCUUCGCAAAAUCCCCCGUUUGUUUCAUUUCCACCAAGCUACUUAGAAGAAAUGGCUCACCUACGGUAUACUCAAGUACCGGCUACGGCUGCGGCUGUAGCGGCUAGUCGUCUAGGAGCAUUACAUUCACUAAGCGCAUCAGCCCCUCCAUAUUUACCAGAUCGAAGCCUAACACCCCCAACAGCCACACAUGAAGAAGCGUUAAAAUAUAGACCGCCCAGCGCCGGAUCGUGGGGACCAUGGCUCUGUCAACCACAAAUGGGAGGCGAUGAAGCACCAGCGACGGAGCACGACCAAGGAUCAAGUAAACAGGCACCAGUAAGAGAAUAUCGUUGUGAAUAUUGCGGGAAACAAUUCGGCAUGUCUUGGAAUCUCAAAACCCAUCUACGUGUACACACCGGAGAGAAACCGUUCGCUUGUCGUCUCUGCGUUGCUAUGUUCAAACAAAAGGCACAUUUACUGAAACAUUUGUGUUCGGUACAUCGUAACGUGAUAUCGUCAAGUGAAAACGACGGGAGAACUAACACGCCCGGACGGUUUAACUGUUGCUUCUGUCAACUUACCUUUGAAGCAUUACCGGAGCUCAUCAGACAUUUGUCGGGACCACAUAAUAGUUUGCUUCUCAGCAAAAAUUUGCACGAAUGACGGCUAGCUACCUGACGCCUGUUUGUGCGUAAUUUUGGACUUUGAAAAUAAUAUUCUCGAGAAUUCGAGAGUUCAAUUGUGAUAUGUGGUUAAGAAAGGUUAACGUUUAAGUUCUUAGUUUAAGUAAGGCGUGAUAUCGCAGAGCGAUUCGCGUUUUGAAACAUUCGUAAGAAAUUACCGCGGAUGAAUUGUUGAUGUUUAUGUAUGUAAAACUCAUUUUGUUUGCCGAAUGGGUCCAAAUUGUUAUAAUUUGUUUAAAAAUUAUAAUUUCGGGACCAACACCUUCCAAGAUAGUAUUUAUUUUGAGACACGUAUUUGCAUUAGGAUAAAUAUUAUUGUAAAAGCCACCGACACAUUAAUUCUUUAAGCAUAGAAAAUAAACAAAUUUGUCAGAGGAAAGUUGCGAAGUUUGCGUGCUUAGUGCAAUGACGUCACAUGAACUACCUCCUAAGUUAAAUCAUAAUCAUGAUGAAAGCAGUGAUGUCAUCGGUUCAAUUAUUGACUAUACUUUUGACUUUUCUAAAAGAAUAUAGUCGAUAACUCUAGUCAGAAUUGGAACUUUGAAUUUAUAGCAAGAUCCUAUGGCAUACAGUUAUAUUCACAUUGUACAUUCUGCAUGAUUUCACAAGAUAAUAUGAUUUUUUUACAAAAUUUAAUGAUCCGGUUCCAAUAAAAACUGACUCCGUGUUUCGCAGCUUUUUAAAGACAUUACACAAUCUCAAUCGUAGGUUCUAUGAAUAUAUAUGUAAUUUCUAAAGUAGAGAGAAAAAUGUGUUCGUAAUAGAUUAACUUAUAGAACUCCUUCAUGGGUUUGUGCCGAUUAAUUGCGAUGUGAAUGAGCACCAAAGAUUUGUAAAGCCUUGAGGAUGUUUGGUGUACAAUUAAGAGAAAUUAAAGGGACCUGAAAUGAUUUUGAUUUGUUUAACUAAAUGUGUACCGAUUUUUUUUAAAUAAUCUCAUUUCCAUAGUUUUUAAUUAUUAACGUACGUAGAGCAAUUUCGAUUCCACAUUCAACUAUUUUGCGCUUUGAUAUCUUCUUAUUUUUUGAUUAAUUUACUACUUUUAGUGUUUUUUUAAGAAACUUACGGCGUAAUUAUGACUUUUAAUACGCCAACCUUUAAUACUAUUUAGACUUACUUUUCGUGUUGUAUCUUUUCGAAGAUAUGUAAUGUUUUUUUUUUUUUAUCGAACUCAUUACUGUGGCCAGUUAUUUUGUACUAUUACCGUAGUGAUCGCUGGAUGAUUUCUUUUGUAAUUAUUUCUUAAGGCUUAUUUUAUGAAUAUUACUUCUAAUUUGAUGCCAAAACAUUAAGAUGCAUCGUUUCUUUUCAAAUCCAGUAAAUUAUUAUAUCCCCUUUCUUAUGAAUUGGUGAACAAAUCUAGAUAUUCUUGUAAUACUCAGUUUCGUAAUCACGCAUUAUUACGUAACAUAUUUUUUUUGUUUUUUUCAUUUGUUUAUUGUUGAAUCAAUGCAAUCAUUGCCGUUUAGUUAACGUAAUUGAAUUUAAACUAAAGUUACCAACGAGUUGUUCAAAACUUAGAAUAUUUAAAAAAAAAAAAAAAUCGUCGCUUUAAUGAAGUCUUCGAUCGUUACCUAUCGUUUUACCUGAUUUUUUUUGUUUGUUUUUCGUUUUUUUUUUUUUUUUUUUUAAUUUAAAUUUGUAACGUCGCUAUUGGCGUGAUUGGGGAACAAUUUAAUUAUAGGAAUUGUGAUUUCGCGAAUAGAACUCCUAUGUGAUAGUAUCUGUUUAUAUCUGUGGGCGAGCGUGUCGAGAACAAGGUCUUCCGUCGCGCUUUCCAAAUCUUGACUUCCUUUUAAAUAUUGUAAAUAUAUUAUUAGUUUGUAAGCUGAACUUACAUGACAAUCGACCUUGCAAUAAUUUUACAGGCAUGCCGUUAUAAAUUCUGAAGUAACAAGCUUUGAUGUUGAAAUAAUACUUAUUUGCGAAAUGUAAUAUAUGACAAUUUGGUGGUUUGGUUUAACAAUUUGGUGAAAGUUCUUUUAAAGACCAUCAAUGUUUAGUCUCUCAUUCUCAGUUUUGGUUGCAUUUGCAUCAUAAAUUCAAAUUUAUUUGUGACCAAACGACAUCUUACUAUCUCUUUCGCACGCUUGGGCUUCAAUGACGUCAUGAAACAUCGUGUCUACUUGUCCGGUUUUUUUGACUCACCCAACCUUUUUAAAACUUUUCUAACUUCGUAUAACAAAGAAUUUUAGAUAUUCUUGGUAUUUCAACAUAAUAAUGUAUAUUUGUGUAUAUCGAAAAUAGAAACGAAUCAAUUAUUCGACUAAAUCAAGCAUGCGUCUUCAGAAUUGACUCAAUUCUAACAAAGAUACGUAACAAAAGUGCCGUUUCAUCUUUAGUUGUAAGUUCGUUGUGAUAAAUCGGUGUCGCUCGAAAUAUAACGUAAUUACAUUCAAUUUAUAUCAAUGCAAAUAACUCAAAACUUAAGCCUAUUCUGUGUUUCUUUGACGUUCAUUGUAAAUAAAAAUGUAUUCAAUCGUUUCAUGAAAUUGUAACAGGUUUUGUUUUUCGUAUUAUCUAUGGUUGAUUGUUGAAAAUUAGUUACCUAAAUGGUGUCAAAUAUUACUAGAAUAGCUAUCGACUUUUUACAUCAGUUAUUCAUCGCCAUAAAGUAUUUGUAAUACUUUUUAUUAAGAACGAAACAGUUUCGCAAAUUUAUAGCUCUUGAAUUAAAUGUCGUGAAUUAUCUAGAACAAAAAAGCCACCGAACUUUAAUUUUGAGUACACAAUCGAAGUUUUUCACGUCAUUCAAGUCUGUAUCUGUAUAAUUGAGUCUACCAUAUUCUGCCUAUUGCGUCAUUGCCAAUUAAUUAAUACUCAGCCGAAGUGAAAUACAAUGACUUUAUUAAUUCAAUGAAUCAUUAAUAUUUUCCUAACUUCGGAUAAUGGAGUCUAAUGGAAAAGUGAUAUAAGGACUUGUUUAAUUUUUCUUUCGUCAUAAUACCAUCAGUUAUCGGAACGGAGCUUAGACUUGUUUUAAAAAUUAGAUCAUUGGAUUUAUUAAUCUCAAUAAUAUAUUUUAAUAUGCUUUUAUUUGCUCCAGACGUAUGGAUCAGAGGCUUUUAUAGAAAAUCCAACUAAAAAAUAAAAAAUAAAUUUGAAUUAAAAAUAGUGUAAGGAAAAAUGAUUUUAUUGUAAAAAAAGCGUGAUAAUAUGACCUGAUAAUAUCCUGAAAAGCACCCCACGCUUUUUUACAAUAAAAUCAUUUUUUCUUACACUAUUAUUAAUUCAAAUUUAUUUUCUGUUUUUUAGUUGGAUUUUCUAUAAAAGCGUAUUUUUUUAAUUAUUUUAAACUAUUAUUUAUUUUCGAGUUCCACUUAACACUGCUUCUUCAAACUAGAUUUGCGAGACUCUUAGCAUCAGCCACUUGAUUGUGCACCUGGAAAUACCGUUCAUUCAGUGACCGUAAAUACCUUAAAUACCUGGAAAUACCGUGAAUUCAGUCAAUUAACCUCAGGGUACCGUCGACUCUUCUAUUUUCAUCAGCAAUCAAAAUGAAUUCGUCAGAGAAACACAAACAUAACUAAUCGAAAUAUUAAGUCUAAAACAUGACUAUCUUAAUUAAGUAAUUUUGUAAAUAGCUAGAUAUAGAAGUAACGAGAAGCUUAACUUAAUAAAAUUGUUGAACUUGAAAUAUUUUCACUGUUUUAAUUGUAAAUUUAAUGAAACAAAAAAGUAUUUUGUAAGUUUUUCACAUAGUGUACAAUGUACAAUUAUAAUUAUAUAUUUUUUUGUAGAUAUUGUCUAGUUUAUUAACAUUCUGUAAAAAUGUGUUCUUACCGUAAUAAAUUAAAUAACGAGGAUAUUUUAGUUACACACAAUAAUGUUUUUUAUUUAAAUUUUACAUUUUGCAAAAUAAUGAAAUUAUCGCCGUUCCAAAACAACCAAAACGCCACUGUUCAAAAACUAGUUAAUGACAGUUUUAUAGAGCUUGUCCCACUUCAAGUGAGUUAGUCAGCACUAAGUGUCAGUGGCUACAUAGUUAUCAUAGAUUAUACACUUAAUAUAUUCGAGAUAGAUGCGCAACUCUCAUUUUUAUUUUUGCUUUAGUUAAAGCCCGGUCCAGCAGGCGUCGCUACGGUCGAUUAUUAGUCUCCCUACCCCCCACCAGGUGGCUUUUUUAGUAAUUUUAAUAUUUUUAAUAACUCUCUUUAUGAAAAAAUCUUAUCGUUUAGAAUCGCUGAAAUUCCCGGUAGUACUUAUGAGAUAUUAAGGAAUGUUUGAUUGUGUUCAGCAUUCUAAUCGAUAAGAUCUUUUCAUACAGAGAGAAAACAGUUUUUUAAAAUAAAAAGCUGUAAUUCUC